UGCAUUAAGGAAGACCUAGGUCAAGAACAAAGGGUAAAUGUAGAGGUUAGACUGUACAAAUUUUGCACUGCAUACAAACCAAAUUCACGGAGCAACUAUUGGUCCUCCUGUGGGUUACAGGGCCUCCAUUGUUUAAAUAAUAGGGCAUUGGCUCAUGGGUUUUAAUCCACCAUGGCUGUGGUAAGUAAGAACACUAACAGGGUUCACGCAUCUUCUCAACCUCCAAAGCCAAUGACGACGGAAACAAAGGGCAGCAGCCGAAAAGUGUUGUUUGUGGGAUUCAAUCAGGAUUACGGGUGCGUGGCUUGCGGCACAGAUGGAGGAUUCCGAGUCUACAGCUGUGAGCCCUUCAAGGAGACCUUUCGGCGGGAGUUCAGCAAUGGGGGCGGCAUAGGAAUCGUUGAGAUGCUCUUCCGCUGCAACAUCUUGGCCAUCGUGGGCGGGGGUUCGUUCCCGCGCUACCCGUCGAACAAGGUAAUGAUAUGGGACGACCACCAGGGGCGCUGCAUCGGCGAGCUCUCCUUUAGGGCGCAGGUUAGGGCCGUGCGUCUCCGUCGCGACAAGAUCGCGGUGGCUCUUGAGCACAAGAUUUAUGUCUACAACUUGGCCGAUUUGACGCUCGUUCUUCAAAUCGAUACGAUGCCCAACGCAAAGGGCCUCCUCGCUAUCUCCACUUCCUCCCCCAAUACUGUGCUCGCUUGCCCGGGCCUCCACCGCGGGCAGGUGCGCCUCGAACACUUGCCUCUUGGGGUUCGGAAGGCACUGUUCAUUUCUGCCCAUGACUCCCACCUCGCCUGCCUCGCUCUUUCCCCUGACGGGCUCCGCUUGGCCACUUCCAGCAACAAGGGUACUCUCGUCAGGAUUUUUAACACUCUGGAUGGCACCCGUUUGCAAGAGUUGAGACGGGGAGCAGAUAGAGCGCAAAUAUAUAGUCUGGCAUUUUCUUCUAAUGCUCAGUGGCUUGCACUUUCAAGUGACAAAGGGACAGUACAUGUGUUUGGGCUCCGAGCAUUUAUGCCCCAAGACAACAAUGUAGAUGUUGCUAGUUUGGCAUCUAACCAAUCCCCAAAGGAUGAUGUUGGUGAUGGCAAUAACAGUGGUGUGUCAGAUGCAGAUUCUGCUGCUAUUCUUGCAUCUAACCCCAGUUCAAGUCUCUCUUUUAUGAAAGGUGUUCUUCCCAGUUACUUCAGUUCGGAAUGGUCAUUUGCUCAAUUCCACUUGCCAGAGGAAAUGCAGGCAAUUGUUGCAUUUGGGGCUCAGAGGAAUACUGUCUUAAUUGUAGGUACAGAUGGAAGCUUUUACAAAUGUGGUUUUGAUCCCAUGCAUGGGGGGGAGAUGAUCCAACAAGAAUUCACAAAGUUUGUUAGACCUUACGAAGAUGAGCCUAACUUAUAGUGCUUCUACAGGCUAUAUCUUUUGGCAGAAGGUAUCUGAACUUUGAAUGGAACUGUGCUAGAGUGUUCAGCAAAAGGUCUAUGAACACAACUGGGAACAGAUCUCUUAGAGCGCUCUUGUAAAUAUGUAUUUUGGAUGUGGAGUGGAGUAAUUCGGAAACUGCAUGCAUGGGGAUUUUGUCUAUAUGUGGCUUGUGACAUCAUAUUCUACCUUUACUGGUGUUUCUGUUUAAUUUCAGCAUUGUAUUCAGUAUGGGGAUGAUUUGAUCUUGUCGCUGGAGAGAGCAGAUAAAGAAACCUUUAUUUUGGCUCUCUUUGUGCCCUGGAACCAUCAAUCUGGUUACAAAGUUUGAACUGUCAUUCAUUGCCUUAUAGUAAGCCAUAAAUCUUGACAAUUGUUGAUUCCGUUUCGUCAUUUUUUUGUAAAUAUAUUGUAUUUAUAAAUGUGUAUACAUUUACAUAUCUUGGAUGUUGAAUUAGGUAGUUCAGAGACUGCACACAUUGGGACUU